ACCUAUGUAUUACAGUGGUGUUCAAUCAAUGAGCCUCCUACAGACUACAACUACCAGCAUCCUCCAACAGCCUAAAGCUGCUAAGGAAUACUGGGGAUCUGUAGAUCAACAAAGGCUGGAAUGCCACAAGCUAAACCUCUCACUCUAACACAAAGCAAUAUAAAACAUACAUGAAUAAGAGCUUGAAAAGACUUUCUAGUUACAUGUAGAUGUUUUUAUAAUUUAAGAUGGAUGACAAAAAGUAUGCUUAUAUAGACAGGCCUUCUGCACAGCAACAACCUUUUAUCUGUUUUAUACUGACUGAUAAUCUUUGUAGACCCUAACUGAGUAUAGCUAGAAGUCUGUGUGAUUGACAUGUCAGGUAUACAUAAAGUCAGCAACCACAGAACUAAUGUUGAACAAAAACACUGUUGUAGAGGGAUACUGGGAGCAGGGUAAUCCCAAGUGGGCCAUCCACUGAAAUGACAGAUAAUAAAAUUAGGACCAGUUAGUGGUGUCAAAAAGAAAUAUUUCCUUUAAAAAGUCCAAAAAAGGGUCCAACUGAGGAAGAGCCUUUCAUAUAUGCAGUGGGUGCUUUAGGCAGGCAACAAUUAACAUUUUAAGUCUAAAUUAUAGAAUGAACACAGGUGUAUACAUGAUUCAUAUCAACACUGUCAUUAUCUGCUACUGACUCUGUGCUACUUUAUAGAGGGAUAGAGAAAAGCAAUUUAACUUUUUAUAAUAGUGAUUUUAAUGUCUAAUCUAAUUCCUAAUAUUCCUUGUCACAGAAAGUCACUCAUAGAUUUCCAACAGUAACAGAGAAUAAUAAAAGCAAACAUCUCAAGCUUAGUGGAGAUAUAAAUACUUUAACAUACAGUAUAUAAUUAAAACCACAUACAUACCAAGUUGCUUGCUUUUAAAAGUAUAGUGAAAACGAUGGUAUAUUAUUGGUAUAAAGGGUUUAUCCCUAGAAAUCUAAAAUGUGUUCUUGACAUGACUACAGAGGUCAGUGUAUAUCACCCAGUGUCAUAUAAGCAAUGAUAUACUUCAUUAUUUACACACAGUGGUACCACAGGAUUAAAUCAUCUUACUAUUUUGUUGAAUUAUUUUGUUCCAAGAGCAGUCUGGUCCAAUGCUCCUCAAUGCCUCAGCUAUUUAACACUGCUAUAGCAUAUACUGCCAACAUGCCACCUUCCAUGUCUUAACCACCUUCCUUGACUAUAAGACUUUCCUAUGGACAUUUUUUUUUUGUGAAUUUGGGAGUUACAGGUCAACAGCUGGACAUCCACAAUAUAGUCAGAUAUAAAUACUGCCUGUAAUUCAUUGUUACGAAGGUACUAUAUUUAUCUCUUAGCAAUGGCCUGUAGUGGAUGCGAUACACGUUGUAUUCUAAAAAACAAAGUAAGUGAUGCAGUUUUGCUUAUUGGCAGGAUAUGAGAUGCCCGUCUGGGUGUAGGGUGCAAGGACUAAUCAACAAGCGUGGAAAAGAGUUCAUGACUCGAAUUGACAGAGCUAAACGAUCCAACACUGUGAGUUAUUCCAGCCACAUAGAAUCACUUUCUGCGAUAUCACAACUUCAUGACGUCUUUGGAGAAAACAUGAUAAGAGAUAAAGAUGCCAUCACUGGCUUUGCAAGAACUGGAGAAGAGCUGCGGAUAAGAUUGCUGGCCCUUAAACUCAAGGUGAAGAAGCAAGCAGUCAAAAUUGAAGGUCUGUUAAGGAAUCUACAAGAUCAGCUCAUGGAAAUGAAAAGAAUUGAGGUGGAUAUUGAUAUUAAGAUCCGUUCCUGCAAGGGAUCCUGUAGUACUGUUCAGCUAUAUAUGAUCAGCCUGGACAGUUAUGCUGCAUGGAAGGCACAAUUGGCCUCACUGAAUACAAACAAUAUGAAAGCAAUGCCAGGACACUUACGUCCCAUCCAUCUACUCCUGGUACAGCAAAAUACCACCAGCCUGGAGCAUCCUACUGUUAUUACCGACGGGAAACAUCUGGGUGUUUUUGAAAACAUCCAACAAUACACACUGAAGCUGGGAGACUAUAAUGAAACAAACACCGUUUGACACAAUUUUGAAUUUUUAGUAUGUUAUAGAAUGGACGUUUCUUAGCAAUUUUUCAAUUGGUCUUCAUUUUUUAUUUCC